AUGCUCCAUUUCGUUGCAGCGGCCGCAGUCGGCACUGCCGGCGGCCUUUUAAUUGAUACAAUCAUCUCGGGUGGUUCGGUCGUCAAAACCAUUAGAAGGGGCUACGAAGGUUACUUCCGUAACGGUUCGGACGACGCUGCCACGCUCAUUGGGAUUUCUACUACUAACGUCUUUCGCGAGGUUUCGUAUAACCUUAACAUCAUCCCGCCGAAUCUGAAUCCCGGCUUUGAGUCUUGCAAGACCCUUGACGAGUGCAAGCAACACUCCAAAAGCGGCAUUGGUUUCAACACUCCCAUUCAGAUCACACCCAUUUCCAACACGAACGGUAAAAACUGCCGUGAACUCACGUGUCUGGCUGACGGCUGCGAGGACGCGUACACUUUUCCAAAGGACGACAUCAAGACACACUCGUGUCCGUUUGGCACGAACUACAAAGUGACUUUCUGCCCAUCACGUGAUACGACACCACAAGAAACGACGACUGCAGGCCCAUCGUUGACCGGUCGUCCUUGA